AUGGCCACGCUGAAUGUCACUCCAGACCGAUCCCAGUUCUUCCAGUAUGACCGCAUCAGUCUGACCUGUGUGGCAAACUUUAGCGGCUGGACUGUAAAGAGGACUGUGUCCAGUUAUACUGCUCAGAAAUGUCAACAUGGCUGGGCAAUUCCCAGUGAUAACUCCUGCACCAUUGAGGACGCCUACCCAGCAGACUCUGGAGAGUACUGGUGUGAAUCUGACCAUGGAGAAUGCAGCAACAAAGUCAACAUCAGCGUAACUGCCAGUGGCGUCAUCCUGGAGAGUCCAUGGCAUCCGGUUGAGGAGGGACGGAAUGUAACACUUCGUUGUAUCUACAAAGAGGAGUACAAUGACAAAUCCACAUCACAUUUCUCAGCUCAUUUCUACAAAAAUGGUGUUUUCAUUGGGACGGAAAACCCAGGGGAGAUCACUUUUAAAGCAGAGGAAGGUUUCUACAAGUGUCGCCAUCCUUCUAAAGGAGAGUCUCCAGAGAGCUGGUUGGCAGUGAUAGCUAAGAAACAGCCGACAGAGGUCCCUCCUAUUCCCCCUCCUGGCGUGAGUUUUCCCAGAGUGAUAUGUGGCACCAUCCUCUUCAUUUUCUACAACUUCAUUCUCAUAUUGUGUAUAUAUACAUACAGGAAAUGGGCUAAAGCUAAUGUUGAUGUUAACAAGGCAAAGGCGGAUCUAGUAGGAAAAAUGAGACGACGAUCCAGAGGCAAUGGAGAAAGUUACAGUAUGUGAAUCAAGAUGGCGUGUUAAACUGACAAGUAUUCUGUUUAUUCCACUAUAUCCUCAAUCUGCAGUUAUUUCUUUGAAAUUGAUUUUCUUCUGUUGUUAUGCAGGAUAUAAAUUCUCUCUUGUCUCUAUAACUUGUUUCCCAGUGUUACAUAUGUAUUUAAAUGGCUGCAUUAAAUUGUGCAAUUCUCUUUCUGAUAUUUUAAGUUAGAAUUACUUAAUU